GAUGCGCCGCAAGAAGCAGAUGCAGCUGCCCUUCGUGCUGCUCGGUAUGGUGGCGCUGGCCAUGUUUCUCUUGAGCGUCGUUCUCUACGUCACUGUGUUCAUGCGACGGAGCAGCGCGUCGCGGCAGCCCCGGCACGUGUCGCCCACGCCGACAGCCUCGUUCGCCAAGUGGAUGGUCGUCUCCGGCGACACGCUGUGCAAGUCGGAGGCCAGGAGGAUGUUCGACUUGAAUGGAACCGUGGGCGACGCGGCCGUGGCCACCAUGCUGUGCUUGUGCGUCGUGCUUCCCUACCGCUGCGGCCUGGGCGGCGGCUUCAUCGCCACGCACUACGACAGGCAAAGCCGGGAGGCCAAGACCAUCGUGGCAAGGGAAGUGGCGCCUGCCAAUGCAUUCCCGGAGAUGUACCGGGAGAAAGUCAACCAGUCUUUGCGCGGCUUCUCGGCGGUGGCCGUGUUCGGCGAACUGCGCGGCUACGAGGCGCUGCUCAACCUCACCGGUACGAACGUCCCCUGGAACGAGCUCUUUGCAAAGGCCAUCGAGUACGCCGAUAGCGGCUUCGAAGUCAGUGCGCAAUUCGGCCAGGUGAUCCAGGAGCACUCGCAGGCCAUCAGCGACGACUUUACCGGUACGCUCAAGAAAAUCUUCACGAACAUAAAGACAGGAAAAUUAUACGACAAAGGAGACAUCUUCCACAACAAGUUGCUGGCACAGACGCUCAGGAACAUCUCCGAGAACCCGCUGAAGGGGAGUUCGCUGUCCACGGGCCCGCUGGCUGAAGCCAUGCUGGGCGACAUCAACAAAGACGGCACCGAGCACAUCACCCUGACCGACUUGAACAAGUACGAACCGUGGGUGGCGAGAGCGCUGAGCCUGCAGCUGUCCAAUGAGGAACGUCUGCUUGUGCCUCUGCCGCCAUCGGGCGGAGUGUUAACGGUCUUCGCCCUCUCCAUCAUGGACAAGUUUCGCAGUAGUGCCGGUCUUCUGCCCGACGACGUCUUGUCCGCGCACCGCGUGGUCGAAGCCCUCAAGUUCGCCUACGGGACACGCCCGAAGCUGGGCGACUUGCGGAAGGUGCCCACGCUAUCCUCGCUCAUUAACUCCAUCACGAGUCCGGACAGGGCCACGGAGAUCGCGCAGAAGAAGAUCACCAGUAAGCCUCACCCGAAUGUGCGGGAUUAUGGCCUCGACUCCGUGAGCGCGGAAGACCACGGCUCUGGCCAGCUCGUCAUCGUAGCGCCCGACGGCGACGCUAUUGCGAUGACGAGCACCAUCAACACCGCCCUCGGAGCACUGGUUGCGUCCAGUUCAACUGGCAUCAUUCUCAACAACCAGAUGCACGACUUCUCGAUGCAGGGUACUCUCGACGUGUACGGCUUCCGGGCGGGAAAGGAGAACGACAUCGAGCCGGGCAAGAGUCCCAUGUCCUCCAUGACGCCCCUCAUCGUAGUCGACCGAUCUGGCGACGUGCUCUUCGUCGGGUCUGCACUGGGCGGGACGACAUGCACCUCCGCCUUGACCCAGGUCGCGAUGAGGGCCCUGUGGAUGGAGCACACAGUCAAGCAGGCCAUUGAUGCCGGUCGCCUGCACAACCACCUCUUGCCCGAGAACGUUGUCAGGUACGAGGAGACCGCAGACAAGGACGUGCUCUGGUGGCUCAAGAAGCAAGGUCACGAGCUGGCCCCCGAUCAGUGGCAGGGCAACGUCAUCGCCGUGCAGCGCGUCCCGUCGGAAAAAGUCUACCGCGGAAACUACGACUUCCGAUACGCGAGCAGCGGGGCUCUCGACGGAGCUUGACCGUAAACGGCACCGCUUUCCAGACAGUCCAAGUGGCAGAGCGCCGCGUCCGGCGUUUUCAAAAUCCCGCGCUAACGGGACAUAUGUGCCAUAAUUUUACGCUUCAAAUUAAAUUGAAAUGUUUGCUGCA